AGGUCUGUGCCAGAGAAUCAAAAUGCUUUUGCGGUAGGAUUGAUGGGUACUUUUGCCCGUUUAAUAGGUGGCUUAAUUGGACCGGUAAUCUUUGGAGUUAUUUUAGAUCACUCUUGCUCACUGUGGGAUGAAAAUUGUAAUCAGCGAGGAUUUUGUUGGGCCUAUCAUAAUGAUACUUUAAGCUUAUUAGUAUUUGCUGCUAUGGCUACUUUCAAAUCUCUUAAACUCAUAGCAUAUUUAUUAGCUUGGCAUUUCUAUCCAGUUUCGCAAGAAAGUAAU